AUUUCUAAUAUGGCGUCACUUGUGCAAGUCGUCUGCUACCACAUCUCACAUUUAUGUUUAUUUAUUCUACUGUGUUGGGAUUCUGCAUAUGAACUUGAGUUGGCAAACUAUAAAAGUGAUGGAAAUAUUGGGGACAUCUGGUUUGGAGAAGAGAGUAUUGACCGUGUCAUCCAGUGGAUGAUGGAGUCUGAUGUGGUGAAUCAACAGACUUCUGUCAUUGAUGUGGGCUCUGGAAAUGGUGCUUUUCUUUUAUGUUUGGCAGCAGAAGGCUUUGUAAACCUUCUUGGGAUUGAUUACUCUGAGAAUGCAGUUGAACUUGCACGAGCUAUUGCUCAGGAAAAGAAAUUUAACGUCAGAUACGAGCAGGUAGACUUGCUAAGUGAAGAUGGAGGUGGCUUAAGGGACAGUGAAUAUGAUGUCUGCCAUGAUAAAGGAACAUAUGAUGCCAUAUCACUUUGUCCAGAAGAUUCUCACGGCAAAAGGUUAUCAUACAUCAAGGCCAUUCAUCGUAUCAUUAAGGAAAAUGGUCUCUUGAUUAUAACAUCUUGCAACUGGACAAAUGAUGAACUGAUGGACCAUUUUGAAGACUUAAGAACAUGGGAAGAUACUAGAGUCAAAUUGGGACAGAAAUGGCUGACACUUCUGCCGCUGCCACUUCCUUUGCCACCAUAUUAUGGACUAUUUUAUUCAUUCUAGAGUACAUAUCAUGUUUCUGUGACUUCAGUAAAGAGUACAUCAUUCCAACACCAACUUUCAAAUUUGGAGGUAAGGUUGGUUCUCAAAUAACUUGUAUUGUUUUCAAAAAGAUUUCCAGGAAAAUGUGAUAAUCACAAUUUAGUGAAGAAUUAUUUUGUAUUAAAAAAGAGUAAAAAAGAUUGUUACUAAAUACCAGUUAUUUAUUAAUGUUGCAAAAAAUGGUAGCUCAGAGAGUUGAUUGUUUUGUGAAGAUAUAAUGAAUAUAUCGCCUGUUGCCGAUUGUUUUGUGAAGAUAUAAUGAAUAUAUCGCCUGUUGCCAAUGACUACAGAAAAAUUUACAUUCUGGCAUUUUGGAAAAAAACUGAGUAGUACAUGUAUUUGAGAAACCGAUAGGUUCAAUUCCUGUCUAAUACAACACUACUCUUAAGCUUGGACCACAUUAAGGUGCAUAUUUUUAGUCACUUAUGUUUAAUUGUGUUUACUGUUCUACUUGUUUAUGUAUGCAUUUAAUGAAUAUACAUCAAUGCAUGUUAGUUUAAUGGUGUCAAAAUGGGUCAGAUAGGUUAAUAUUCUAUACAAGUGAGUAAGAAGUAUGGUCCUGGUUCAAGGAGUCACUUUAAUGUUAACUGUAAAAUGGAUUCUAAUAUUUAGCUUUUAAUUUGUAGUUAAGUACAGUGGACCCUCGACCAGCGAUGACAUCGAUUAACGAUAAAUCUGACUAGCGAUACAUUUUAUCGCAAAAAUUUUGCCUCGAUUAGCGCUAAAAAACUCGACCAACGCUAUUCGUUCCGUCUGAGACGCGUCCACUUCUGGCCAGUGUUUACAAGCCAGCCAGCCACCGCGGUCGCUUCCAAGCAUACAAUCGGAACAUUUCAUAUUAUGACAGCCUUUUUAGUGAUUGCACCUGCAAAAUAUGUCACCAAGGGCCCCAAGAAAGCUUCUAGUGCCAACCCUACAGCAAAAAGGGUGAGAAUUACUAUGGAUAUGAAGAAAGAGAUCAUUGCUAAGUAUGAAAGUGGAGUGCGUGUCUCCGAGCUGGCCAGGCUGUACACAAAACCCCAAUCAACCAUCGCUACUAUUGUGGCCAAGAAAACGGCAAUCAAGGAAGCUGUUCUUGAAAAAGGUGCAACUAUGUUUUCGAAACUGAGAUCGCAAGUGAUAGAAGAUGUUGAGAGACUGUUAUUGGUAUGGAUAAAUGAAAAACAGAUAGCAGGAGAUAGCAUCUCUCAAGCGAUCAUAUGUGAAAAGGCUAGGAAGUUGCAUGACGAUUUAAUUAGAAAAAUGCCAGCAACUAGUGGUGAUGUGAGUGAAUUUAAGGCCAGCAAAGGUUGGUUUGAGAGAUUUAAGAAUCGUAGUGGCAUACAUAGUGUGAUAAGGCAUGGUGAGGCUGCCAGUUUGGACCAAAAAGCAGCUGAAAAAUAUGUGCAGGAAUUCAAGGAGUACAUAGGGCAGUGAAAGACUGAAACCUGAACAAGUGUUUAAUGGUGACACUGACAAUGUUGUGAAACACUUUAGGAAUGUCAUAAAGGAACGGGAAGUAAAGGCCUCUAUGGGCAGAUAUGUUGUGCGACAGAGGUCCAGUGACUCUCAAGCUGGUCCUAGUGGCAUUAAAAGAAGGGAAGUAACCCCGAAAAAGGACUUGCCAUCUCAAGUCCUAAUGGAAGGGGAUUCCCCUUCUAAACACUAAGACCAUCAACACAUUCCCCUCUUCCCAUCCCAUCAAUCAUCACCAGAACUUCAAUAAAGGUAAGUGUCAUGUAACUGUGCAUGUCUUCUUCAGUUUGUGUGUAUUAAAAUUAAUAUUUCCUGUGUUAAAUUUUUUUUUUUUCAAUACUUUUGGGUGUCUUGUACGGAUUAAUUUGAUUUCCAUUAUUUCUUAUGGGGAAAAUUAACUUGACUAACGAUUAUUUUGACUAACGAUGAGCUCUCAGGAACGGAUUAAUAGCGUUAGUCGAGGGUCCACUGUAAUUGUUUGACUACCACUGUUAAGUACAUUUGUACCACACAGCACUAACUCUUAAGUAGAAAGUUUCAUUAGGGCUUUCAACAUGUAAAGAAGGAUUUAAAAUCUUUCAGUUUAUAAGCAAAAUAUUAUGAAGUAUCUAGCAAUUGUUAAUAAUGCAAAUGUAAUAUACAUUCAACCAAGAGUAAAUUUUGGUUGGGAAAACUUCCAUGACAAUUGGGAUACAUGGUGAAAUAUCAGUAGAAUCCAGUUGGUUAAAACAGUAACAAAACAAUAUUUGAAUGGAAUGUCUGACUUUUGGUCAGGGCAGUAUCCUUGACCUUUGGGCCAUAUUGCACUGUAUAUUAUCAGCUAUAAAGCAAGAAUAUCUUUCAUCAUAUCAGAGCAAAUUGCCAUUAAAAAAUUAUGAAAAAUUAUCAAAAUAGUGAAAAAAAAUAUUUAGGCUAAUAUCACUGUCAUGUUAUUGAGUUAAAGGGUUGUGAUGGCCCCGAGCAGAUUUGAGAGCAACUGAAUCCUAACUACUGCAAGAUUGACUACCAGAAUGCUUUUUGUAAAUGAAAAUUAUUUUAUUCAUGUUUAUAAUUUUAUUUAAAUAAAAGUUUUGAAAUACUUUACUACUAAGAACAUAAGGAUAGAGAAGCACUGCAGGUAGCCCAUGUUAGGCUGCUACUUUUCAGACUCAACCUUUUUCACUUGUAUAUUUGUCUAAUCUAUUUUUUAAGCUGCCCAAACUAUUAGCUUCACUAAUGAUGAUGAUUACUGUUAUCACCACCUUCACCCUUGGUUUUGGUACUCUCACCAUUACAAUAAGCUCUUGAGAAUAUUUUUUUCAUUCUUAUUGAACAUUGAUGUGCCUGCAGAAAGCAUCAAAGGACACAUGAAGCACAAUAUCGUCAAGUUGUGUGUUGCUGAGAAUGCUUCCAGCUGUGUUGAUGAUUAAAUUUGGCACCACAGAAAAAAUCUCGAAGCGAAUGAUGAAAAAACAAGGAAAGCCUUAUGAAAAUUCCAAAAGCUAAGAAUAAUAUUGAUAUUGUAAUUCAUGUAAAUCCCUAUGAAUAGUUAGAAAACGAUUUGUUUACCUAGGUCCUUGAAAUACACCAGAAUGAGCAAAAUAUUGAUGCCAUUGUAUUGCAGGCAUUGUCAGGAUGGUGUAACUUUUAUGAUUUGCUAUAAACUUUCACUAUGCACAAGAACUUACAUCACCCAGAACCUUCUGUUUAAUGUCGAAGAGCAGAAAAGAGUGCUAAAUGUUUUUAUCAGAAAUUGGAAGGAAUUUAAAAAAUUUUCUCAGAUUAAAAACAAUGAAAUGCCCAUUUUUUUGAUAUAUCAGGAAAUACUACAGUGCACACAAUUGGUGAAAAUUUUUUGUCAAAACUACUGGAACUGAGAAAGCACAUUUAACCUGAUUUCAGCCUAUAUGGCUGAUGGAACAAAAUUGAAACCAGCUGUAGUGUUUAAAGAAAAAUGUGCCAAAAGAGGCAUUUCCUCCAAAAAUACAAGUGUUUGUGCAGCCCAAGGAUUGGGUUGAGAACAUUCUGUGGAAGUAUGGUUUACAAAAUCUGGGGACCUUGUUAACAAGACUUUUACUGCUUCAGAAAAAUCUUGGACUGGAGCCUAACGAAGCCUACACAAGACUGCUAAUGCUGACACCUGUUCAGCCAACUCAUUGGUAUUUGACAGGUUUAUGUACACCAAACACAGCCUUACAAUACUGUAAUUAGAUAAUUCUUUGUCAUCCAAACCAGAAAUGAAUUACUGAAGUCCCUACUUGAUUGGGACCAGUUCAGGGCCCAUUUUGUUUCAAAAAGUUUUAUCUAGAUUUAAAGAAUUUUAGGGAAGUGGCAAUACCUGUGGUAACAUCUCUACUCCAGCCCAUGGAUGUUUCUUUGAACAAGCCUUUCAAAGUGAAGGGCCACUACGUAUGGAACAGGUGUAUGGUAAAUGACCCUGAGGAACUUGCAAAAGCUGGAAAUUUGAAACAACCUGGAAUUGGCUGGGCUGCUGGAUUAUUAAUUUAGGAAGAUAUAUUCCUCAGAUGUGAUAAUUUCUUAAGUGCAGUACAUAUAUCAAAUGCUUUAGAUGGCAUGAUGCCCUGUUUGAUGACAGUGUCAGCAUGAUCUGCUAGUGUUGAUAAUAAUGUUGCUGACUAAUGUAAUAAUGAUGAAUUAGACAUAUGUGCAACAUCCAGAUAUCUUUUAACUUGUAGAUGUUUCUCCAUCCAUUGGCUUUAUCAAUACAAUUCAUAGACAUAAUCUGAAGACUAGAAAUUCAUACAAAAGACAAUAGAAGACAAGGUAAUCAGUUCCUCAGCAUAGGAACAGGUGAUGAACAGUCUUGAAGAACACAAAGCACAGGAAGAAAGGCUGGUGCUUAUAUACUGGCAUCAGAUGAGGUGCAGUAGAUGAAGGCAUUGCCAUGGGUAGGCAGGAUUCCCCAGUGGAAAUAGGUUAUACCCAAGAGUAGGCAAGUAGGUUGUGGAGAUGUCCUCUGUACCAAGAUUCCAUGAUGUUGCUGUUUGACUAGUUGUAUAUCAUUGGUAUACAAUACAGCUUACACAGGAACAUAUAGAUGGACUCUUUGAAAGUGAAUCUGAUGAUCCAUUUAAUGACUUGAGUUUUGCAGUAGUACAGGUCGGCCAUCACUAAUCCAGUUCCAUCAGUAAUCCAGCAAUAAUUUUGGGUAGCAUAAUUUCAAAUUUCAUCAUUAUACUGACUAAAAUUUCAUCAUUAUACUGACUCAGAAAUUGUGCAUAUGGUUGUAAAUCCACAGCAGCAAGCCAGUGGAGGAGAAAGCAGUGAUGAAAAUGAGGAAGAUGUAGCAGAAAGUCUCUCUAUUGAUAGGUUAAUUAAGUGUAUUCUAACCUAACCACUCUGUAAUCUGGCAAACUCACUAAUCCGGCAUGCUACAGGUCCCAAGGAUGCCAGAUUAGUGAUGGCCAACCUGUACUGUAAUAAUAAUUGUUUAGCAAAACUUGUGAUGUGUUUAAGUGGGACUGUAAAUGUCACUGCAAUAAUAUGAAUUUAUAGUAAGAAAUUCUUAAACCAAAA